AAGAAUCGCAUUAUCUUCCGCCACUGGCCUCGUGAUCCUAAAGGACAAGUCAUAAAGCCAUCCCCAUUGCGGGGCAAGGAGGCCGGUAAUGGACUUGAUUUAUGGGGUGCGACGCUCUACGACUUCUACCACGUUCGACGUAUUCCAAAUACGCCAAACUACAUUACCAACUCCACGGGAAGCAGACUUGCGAAAUGGAUGCGUCAAGCUGGUGAGCUUACAGCGAAGGACGAGCUUUAUUGGGCCGAUAAGGAGGAGGAUCCCAAAGAGAUACCAGUAGCUGACAUCGGAGAACUGAUUGGGUGCUAUGACACACACGUCAGAUUGGGCAUAUUGGAUCAUGGGAAUCCGACUCUCCAACAGCGGAUUCCUUUACAUCUUCUCCCCAAAAAGCUCCAUGUUCACGACCCUUGGAACAAACUAUCCAUC